AGCAAUGUUUUCAUGCCUGCUGACGACUUGCGGUAGUCACUCUGCCAUGGCGUCCGUAAUGUCGCUGACUGAGGAGGGGACAUCAUAGCAUCGUGCUUCAGUUCGCUUCAGUGAAAAGUAUCCCGUGCGUUUUGCUACUCUGGUUUGAAUUUAAUCAAAUUUAUCUCUGAACCGGCCAUGACCGUGGAGCAGAAUGUCCUCCAGCAGCAUUCUCAGAAGCAUCAGCAGACGCUAUUAAACCAGUUGAGGGAGAUCACAGGCACCACAGACGUUCAGCUGCUUCAGCAGGCUUUACAGGUGAGCAAUGGAGACCUGGCCGAGGCUGUAGCCUUUCUGACAGAGAAGAACGCUAAGGUUCCUCAGCAAGAUGAGACAACCUACUACCAGACAUCUCAGGUGGCCAGCGACAGAUAUAUCAGCGUGGGCAGCCAGGCAGACACAAAUGUCAUUGACCUGACUGGGGAUGAUAAAGAUGACCUGCAAAGGGCUAUCGCCCUCAGCCUGGAGGAGUCCAGUCGGGCAUUUAGGGAGACAGGCAUCACUGAUGAGGAGCAGGCCAUCAGCAGAGUUUUGGAGGCCAGCAUAGCAGAGAACAAGGCAAGUCUGAAGCGUACCCACACAGAAGUAUGGAGUGACUCACCCAACCCACAUGACAGGAAGAGGAUAGAUAACUGCCCUGUGGGGCUGAAAAAUGUUGGCAAUACCUGCUGGUUCAGUGCUGUCAUACAGUCUCUGUUCAACCUGCUUGAGUUCCAGAGGCUGGUGCUCAACUACUCUCCACCAGCCAGAGUCCACGACCUGCCUCGCAACCAGAAGGAGCACAGGAACCUGCCCUUCAUGCAGGAGCUGAGGAACCUCUUUUCCCUCAUGGUGGGGUCCAAGAGGAAAUAUGUGGAUCCAUCACGAGCUGUGGAAAUCCUCAAAGACGCCUUCAAGUCCAGUGAGUCGCAGCAGCAGGAUGUGAGCGAGUUCACCCACAAGCUGCUGGACUGGCUGGAGGACGCCUUCCAGAUGAAGGCUGAAGAAGACAGGGAGGGCGAGAAGCCAAAGAACCCCAUGGUGGAGCUCUUCUAUGGGCGCUUCCUUGCUGUGGGGGUUCUGGAAGGUAAAAAAUUUGAAAACACAGAGAUGUUUGGGCAGUACCCCCUGCAGGUCAAUGGCUUUAAGGAUCUCCAUGAGUGUCUCGAGGCUGCGAUGAUCGAGGGCGAGAUCGAGUCCCUGCACUCAGCAGAGAACUCAGCCAGGUCUGGACAAGAGCACUGGUUCACAGAACUCCCUCCCGUGUUGACCUUUGAGUUGUCAAGAUUUGAAUUCAACCAAGCUCUAGGACGACCUGAGAAGAUCCACAACAAGCUUGAGUUUCCUUCCAUGCUCUACAUGGACAGGUACAUGGACAGGAACAGGGAAAUAACCAGGAUCAAGAGGGAGGAGAUCAGGAGGCUCAAAGAGCAUCUGACGCUGCUCCAACAGCGACUGGAGAGGUAUCUGAGUUAUGGCUCGGGCCCCAAGAGGUUUCCUCUGGCAGAUGUCCUCCAGUAUGCCAUGGAAUUUGCCUCCAGUAAGCCAGUGUGCACCUCUCCAGUGGAGGACAUUGACUCAUCAGCGCCCCCCGGUGGCACAACAGGACAACAGCUGCCCCCACCAAGCACAGCCGAGCAGGACGCCUUGCCUCCCCUAGAGAGCUCAGGUCCUGCCUCAGGUCCUACCACAGCACCCACUGCAGCCCAGCAGCAGAGGGUACCCAUUCAUAAACCCUUUACCCAGUCCCGGCUUCCUCCCGACCUCCCCAUGCACCCUGCCCCACGGCACAUCACUGAAGAGGAGCUGAGGGUACUCGAGGGCUGCUUGCAUCGUUGGAGGAGUGAAGUGGAAAAUGACACCCGCGAUCUGCAGGGCAGUAUAACCAGAAUCCACAGAACCAUUGAGCUAAUGUACUCUGACAAAUCUAUGAUGCAGGUGCCAUACCGGCUUCACGCAGUGCUGGUCCACGAAGGCCAGGCCAAUGCAGGCCACUACUGGGCCUACAUCUACGACCCGCAUCAGCGUUGCUGGAUGAAGUACAAUGACAUCUCUGUCUCUAAGUCGUCCUGGGAGGAGCUGGUCAGGGACUCAUUCGGAGGCUACCGCAACGCCAGUGCCUACUGUCUCAUGUAUAUCAAUGACAAGAAGCCCUUUCUCAUAGAAGAGGAGUUUGAUAAGGAAACAGGACAGAUACUCAGCGGCAUGGACAAGCUGCCUCCAGACCUGAAGCAGUAUGUGAAGGAGGACAAUGAGCUCUUUGACAAGGAGAUUGAGGAGUGGGACACCCUGCAGGCUCGCAAGGCCCAGCAGGAGAAGCUGGCGCUGGCCACAGCAGCCGCUGCUGCUUCGGCAGCAUCCAGCACCUCCACUUCUUCUUCUUCCCCUCAGCCCAUGAGUAUUGAAUCCAGUCCUCCAGACAAUGCAGUGCUCCAGCAGGACCCAGAGUACAUGGAGCAGCCAUCACCCACGAAUGACUCCAAGCACCUGCAGGAGGACACAGAGAGAGCCAUCUCUAGGGCGGCUGCUGAACAAGAGGAGAGAGGCCCCGAAGCAUUGUUGAAUGCUUCUGUUCCCCCUCCCACUUCCCCUCAGCCUGAGGUCCAGGUGAGCACCCCCUCCACCCCUCCUCCUGACCUGGUCAUGGAGGAUGAGUCCCCUGGCCAGCGCACGGUAGAGGUGGCCAUCCCUAAUGUGGGGACCUUUGUCAUUGAGUCAGAAGAGGGGGGGUAUGACGAUGAGGCAAUGAUGACCCCCAACAUGCAGGGUAUAAUAAUGGCCAUUGGCAAAACCAGCAGCGUAUAUGAAAAGAAUGGGCCUGAGGCAGCCUUUUUUAAGGCCAUAAAGCUGGAGUACGCUCGUCUUCUGAGAUUCGCCCAAGAGGACACGUCACCUGAGAAUGACUACCGCCUUCAGCACAUCAUCGUCUACUUCAUCCAAAACCAGGCACCCAAGAAGAUCCUGGAGAGGACUCUGCUCACACAGUUUGCUGACAGGAACUUGGCCUUUGAUGAGAGAUGUAAGAGCAUUAUGAAUGUGGCACGUGCCAAACUGGACCUAAUUAAGCCUGACGAGGUCAACAUGGAUGAAUAUGAGAUGUGGCAUCAAGACUACAGGAAUUUCCGUGAGACGACCAUCUUCAUGACGACCGGCUUGGAGCUCUUUCAGAAGACAAAUUACGUGGAGGCUCUGAUGUAUCUGAUUUACUCGUAUCAGUACAACAAGGAGCUUUUGUUAAAAGGGCUGUACAGAGGGCACGAUGAGGAGCUUCUUGGUCAUUACCGUCGAGAGUGUUUGCUGAAAUUAAAUGAGCAAGCGGCCGCCAUGUUUGAGUCGGGAGAAGAACCAGAGGUGACCACGGGCCUAGGCAUCAUGAAUGAGCUGGUGGUGCCCUGCAUCCCUCUGCUGCUGGUCCAUGACACUGAGAGGGACCUGCUGGCAGUGGAGGACAUGAGGAACCGCUGGUGCUCUUACCUGGGCCAAGAGAUGGAAUCCAACCUCCAGGAAAAGCUAACCGACUUCCUCCCCAAGUUACUGGACUGCUCGACGGAGAUCAAAAGCUUCCACGACCCUCCCAAGCUGCCCUCCUACUCCACUCUGGAGCUGUGUGAACGAUUCAGCCGCAUCAUGGCCGCCCUCGGCCGGGUGCCCACCGAGGGGAGAUGAGCUCAGAGAGGCGGCCACACACCUCUCCCUUUUCACAGGCCCGGGCCCCGGGCAGAAAUUCAUGGACCUCUCUUAACCCAUGCCUUCCUUAUAAAUCCAGGGGUCACUCGCUUCUAGCUGUUAUUCCUCUGUUACUCUUUUGCUGCUAUAGGUUUUAUCAUUAUAAAUAUUAUUUCACUUUUGUUUUAAGCAAAACACAACGGAGGAAGGAGGAGGGGAGGAACGGACUGUUGGGAGGGUAGAAAGAAAUGUGCGAGGAGAAGUUGAUGGAAAAAACAGUGGCAAUCCUGCAGUGGUUGAAAGCCAAGCACAUUCUGCUUCAGCUUUGCAAAAACACAAAGCGUUUGAGGGUUUUUCAUAGUUAAUUGUUGUUGUUGUUGCCGUUUGAUUCAAGCUUCUCCAACCACGCUCAUAGCCCUUUCUAAAGCACCCUUCUCUGCGUGAAAAGGAUCACCCUGCUGCUCUGCCUCCAGUUUGGUACAGUAUUACCAUGUUUUGUUUUAUUUUUCUAAGGAAGUAAGGAAGAGAGCCUUCAGAUUUAUCAGCGGCUCAAAGUAUCUCAAAUGGGUCUCAUGUCUUUGUGGACUGCGCCAGAAUGAGAUGUUUUAAGUGCUGUGGUAGACAGCCACGGACUUUCUGUGGCUUGUUAAUAAAUCGAGAGAAUAAAAUUUUAUUUAUGGCCCUUUUAGGCCAAAAAAAACAAAUUCUUCGCCUGAUGUUGAUUUUUACUUCACUUGCACAAUAAUAACUUAUGCUGACAUUCUAAUUAACAUUGCACUUCAUAGUUCAAAGUGAAAAGACAUUAUGGUGACCGACAGAGACACUGGCAGCGAGCUUCAGGUUCCUUAAAGUCACAAUGACAUUAUGAAUCGCUGGUCUCAAACCUCCGUGUCGUGCUGCUGUGAUAAUUCAGCUGGAGGGAUGCAGUUAAUUUGAAUCAGACUUUCAUUAACCAUACAAACUCCAAAGCAUGCAGCAUGUGGCCAAAAUAAUAAAAACAUAAAGCUUUUUUAAUGAUGAAUUUUAGGCUAAUUUCCUGGAGUAAUGCUAAUCUCCGGGAGAAGGAUCUCCACAAACAACUCACGUGAUAAUGACAGGAAACACUUUCAAAAGCCUUUUCAAAGUAUUGCUACCAGCACUGGGCAGACUGUAAGAUGAAAGGCAUCUUUCAAAACUGAAUAUUGGAUAUAUAAUAAAUUACAGUGCUGUGUUUGGAAUUUUAAUCUAAGCUAUCACUCAGAAGAAUGCAACCCUGUCUUUUAGUUUGAUCUUAUCAUUACUUUGUCAUGACACUAGUUAAUUUCGUAUGAGCUGAGAUUUUGUUCAUCAAUAUGAUGAAGCUGAUUUUUAAAAAGAAAAACAAAAAUCUGGAAAAUUUCUGAAUGUUUCUGAGGAUUUAACACCUUCCAGAUGACAAAAUACCUAGAAAUCAAAACUGCUAUCUAAACAUGUCAUAAUAAGACAAUCACAGUCUUCUUCAGAAAUAAGAAAACUCAAUCUGAACCCUGCACUGAAAUUCAGAAAUGCUCUUGACAGUGAGACAUUAAAGUAUGUGGAUAUUUUUAAACAUGUAUAAUUGCACUUUUAAAAAAAAACCUGGAGUGACGGCUUGGUUCAAUAAAAUAUCUUUGCCUGUAGAAAAUAAGACUUGAACCAAACAACGUGUAUGGUUUGUCUGUGUUGACUGAAGGCGGGCAUAAAUCUGAAUUUAGAAGAACAGCUGCUAGAGGAUCACAAAAUAAUAACCCAAACGUUUGCUCACACUGAACUAACUUUGGCUCAGGCUGACAAACUGCUUUACAAACACUCUGUCUGAUGGUUUGUAGCAUUUAGGCAGGACUGUGUCUGUUGUUGACCUGGGGUGAACUUCUGUUGACAAUUUACGAUUGCUCGUGCAUUCCUUCACGUCUUUCUGUAACAGUGCUGGGCUGUCAGUUGACAUCUUGUCUGCUACAAUUGCGUUUGCCUCCUUUGGCCUUUUUUUAAUCAAUGAGCCACAUUUUCAGCCUGUCGUGUCGUUGGCUGGAUGUUUGAGUGGUGAACCAACAGUGCCACACAUAAACUGUUCAGCAUGAGAAACCUGGCGUAGUGGAAACACUUCUUGAAACACUCUUGACUGUCAGCCCUGGCACGUAUUGGCAUGUUUGAGAUGAUCCUGCAUACGAGCUUGAGCUUUUUUUUUUUUUUGUAAAAAUGUUCCCAUUUCAACACUGGUGGAAGUAUUCAGAUCAUUUACUGAAGUAAAGGAUCUUAAAAGUACCAGUGCAGCAGUGUAAAAAUAUUCCUUAUGAUUUUAUAUGACAUGAUGAGACUGUUGUAUGAAGGUGUAAGUAGCACAGAGGCUGUUGCAUCUGGUCGAGGUGGAGCUAGUUUUAGUUCAGGUUACUGGGGGCCUUCAAAGGGCCACAAGAUAAAUCUGAAGGGUCGUGAGAUG